UCUGUUUGGAUUUCUCCCCACUAUGUACAUACGCAGUCUACAGCACUCAGAUUCAGCGAACACACGCGCCUAGCUCCCAUCCUCACCACCACACCACACCACACCAUUCCGCAUCGCAGCCACCACCACGCUCGCUCUUCUAACCUUCUCCCCCCUCCCCCUCGUGGACUCUGGCAUCGCCUCUUUGGCAGGAUGUUCCUGUCGCCUUCACUGUAAACCCAAGUUACGGUCCCGAUUGCCUCUCAUGGAGACCUCUGAUAAUAACGCGAGCGAGUCGCCCGCGCCGCGCCGCUCUGGACGCGCUAGAGUCGCUCCUCAGAAAUUCAGCCCAGACCCGCGUCCGUCGCAGAGUGAACAUGCUUCCUCAUCGAAGCGCAAGCGUGGCCAAGACAAUGGCGACGAUGUCGAGAACGAGAACGAGGAAUCAGAAGGUUCAGACCAGGAUGCGCUGACGGAUGAGGAGCGCGACGAGGACAACGAUAUUGACGAUGUUGACGCCGAUGAUGAACCGCCCCGGCGAUCCAAAAAGUCGAGGUCUGGUCAGACUUCACGUUCCAAAAAGCCAGCAGCAAAACGUACUAAGAUCAAUGGUACUGCACCAACUACCACUCAUGGUCCUCUGAGUGUUCCUGCCGUGAAGCUGCCAAACCGGCCGAAGAAGACUACGAGCAAAGUUGCUCCGGCAAGCCUCGCACGACGCGAUAAUAACGAUCUUUACUCUGAAGUAUUCGGGUCUGGCAACAAUUCUGAUGAUGUAGCCGGACAUUGGUUCCAGCGCUACCAGAACGAUGACACGAAAGCCAUGACCGAACUAAUCAAUUGCGUCCUUCUCGCCGCUGGGUGCGAACAGCAGCUUACUGAAGACGACAUAGGGGACCCCGAAAACUCUGCAAAUAGGUUGACGGAGCUUGAAGAAGCGUAUGAACAGACUAGUAUCUCUGACUACCCGCUUAUUUCGAGAACGAAAAGCAGCAAAAAUUUCCGUGAGCUGCUUGUUGGGUUUUUUGACUCUCUUAUCACUUUAGUUCACCAGACCGAUGUCAUAUACAAAGACGAGGAAUUUUUAGAGAACAUACAGCGAUGGGUUGGAAUCAUGUCGUCUUCGGCGCUUCGACCUUUCAGGCAUACGGCGACAACAGUGGCUUUAUCCAUGCUCACGUCGUUGAUCAACGUGAUGAAACAACUCGACGAAAGAAUCACGAGAUUCAACCAGUCCUUACAGACAGAGUCCAGCCGGCGUGGGAAGAACAAGGGACUAAUGGAUGAUACCCAAAGAGCAGUGGAAUCUUCCAAGGCAAACCGUGAACUUCUCGAUGCUAAAGUUAAGGACCUUUUUGAUAUUGUUUUCGUCCAUCGCUAUCGUGAUAUUGAUCCCAAGAUUAGGGCAGAAUGUAUUGAAGCUCUUGGGACGUGGGUCUGCAAUUUACCAACAGUGUAUAUGUCACCGGAAUACUUGCGGUACUUAGGAUGGCUGCUCUCCGAUGUCAAUGUCACAACCCGUCUGGAAGUUCUGAAGCAACUCGCGAAGGUACUGAAGAGAGAUGCCGAGAAGCUGGCCCACUUCAUUGAUAGAUUUCGACCGCGACUUGUCGAGAUGGCAACUCGGGAUUCUGAGGUCUCAGUGCGUGUUGCUGCCAUAGCUGUUGUCGAUGUUUUGCGGGGUUCUGGAAUGCUGGAACCGGAAGAGGUUGACUCGAUCAGCAAAUUAGUCUUCGACUCCGAAAUCCGUGUCCGUAAAGCAGUCGUUGGCUUCUUCUCUGAGUUGGUGCAAGAGUUUAUCGAUAACAAAAUUGACGAGAUUGGUGGGAACGAUUUACUGGAUGAACUUUUUGGAGAUCAAGAAGAUGACGAUUUUGAGUCGGUCAGAAAGGAUUGGAUCAACAUCAAGGCCUUGGCAGAGAAUUUGGCAGCUUAUGAUUCCCAGCUAGAUGCUGAGCAGGAUGAAAUAAGACAUGGAUUGGAUGUGGCCGCCGAUGUAGCGAAUGCGGCUAUGCCCGAAAGUCGAGUUUCUUUGGCGGCGCAGGCCCUGUACGAGAAAAUGCCAGAAAUUUCCAAUUGGCAGGUGGUAGCUGGUUAUCUCCUAUUCGACCAUACCACCAGUUCAAAAUCUCGAUCGUCGAAGAGUAAUUCAGCGGAGGUUGCUGUUAAGAAGACAGUAGCGCCGGAACCUCGGGAAGAAGCUAUAUUACUCGAAGUCCUUGCUACCGCAGUAAAGGAAAAUCUUGCGCCGUCAAUGGAGCACGAUAGAAACAAACGACGGCAUCAUAGGCUUGACCAUGAUGCCCAGGAAGACGCUGGACUACAGCUUGCUGGGUUUAUACCUCGUUUGUUGAAUAAGUAUGGCUCUGACCCAGCUAUGGCUGCUACCGUCCUUCGGUUAGAGCAUUUCCUGGAUUUAGAAGUCUUUCAGCAGCUUCGGCAGAACUCGGCCACGUAUAAUCAGCUACUCGAAGAGAUAGCUACCCAAUUUAACAGGCAUGUUGACCAAGCUCUUCUAAACGAAGCGGUCGCAUCUCUCCUGCAUGCCCGGCAGUAUUAUGAAUUAGAAGAACUGGUUGAUGGUAAGAUGGCAGGACUCUGGGAAGAUUUAAUCAAUUCACUGCGAAGCGUAGACAAGAUCUGCGAAUUGUCCCUCCGGGGUAACCUCGACAGGUUGACGCUCACAAGUUUAAGCCAGACUUUGAUGAAGAUUAGCAAGUUGGUUACCAUCUCAGACUGCAUCGAUGUGCUGGAAGCCCCUGGAACAUCCAUCGACUCAGAACAACCACCCAUCAAGAUCCUAGUUGGAAUUGUCGCCCGAGGUCGCCUUACAGAACCAGAUGAUGAACUAGAUGACCCCGAGGACGAAAUUGUGGCCUUUGCCAUCAAGUCCUGCCUUUUCUAUUUCAUGUGGAAAGUGCAGCGAUUACGGAAAAUCAUCGAUAACGACGAAGAUAUACCUAAUGAUGACAUAGACAAAUUUGUUGUCUUACGCAAAGACCUGAUUAAUAAUCUCAUCCAGACCUUCUCAUCGCGUGGAUUCAACGAUGAUCUCCGUUUGUAUGCCGUCGGGGUUGCCUGUGACAUCACUCAACUUUUCAUCUUUUUGAGGCCGCAUACAGACGGGCCUAAAGCAGGUAAAUAUAAGACGCUACGUCCCUUACUGGAUGAGAUGCCAGCAGGCCUGAUCACGCAGGAGAUUAUCCCAAUACUCGACGCUGCGGAGAGGGCUUAUGCAAAGCGCAUAAAGAAGACACUCAAUGACCCCGCGGACGACGACGAACCCCUUGAUGAUGAACUGCCGCCUGAAGACGAUGAAGAGGAAGAGUUGACGGAGCAGGAGCGUUUUGCCGCCGAGUUGAAAGCGGAGAAGAUUCUCUGCGAGCUAGCCGCAAAGCUGGUAAUGGCUAUUCUGGCCAAAACUAUCGACAACAACGGGCCAGACGCCGGUAAACUUAGGAGGCGACUGCAUCGGAAUAAAAAUAAGCUCGGGACAAAUUUCAAGGACGUGGUCUCGUACCUAGAUGAGGACUACCUACGCGAGUUGCAGGGCGGGAAAAGAAAGGCUACGGCUAGGAGCAGAGGAAAAGAAGCUCCAAAAAAGCCGGUCCUGAGUACAGAAAUCGUUGUCGACAAUGACGAAGACGAAGAUGACCCUUUCGAGGAGGUAGAGCCUGAGGAAGGCACGGCUGAAGAUCUCAGGCGUCGCGAGUUAUUAGAUGAUCCUAUCGAGGAUGAUGAAGAAGAGCCUCCCGCGACUAAUCAGGUAGAAGAGGACGAUGAAGUAAUCGGUGAUUAGCUGUGCCUUUGACGGCUACCGAUUUGUUUUUUUUUUCUUGCUAGAUGGCUGGGGAUGAUUGGGCGCUAGAGGUGCUCCUAUAUCUAGCAUUACCCGUACUUCCAGAGGAGGGUUGCACUAACAAAAUCAUGGAGAUGAUUAUGGAUCGGGGCGGCAUGUAUGAUUUAGGUGUCUUGUUACGAAAGCUUUCCUAAAAGAUUCUUAACAUGCGUAGUGCUUUCAUACAAUACCAAGUGUUUUUCUUCAUCAUCUCUAUUUCUUUCCUCCUAAUAAAGUAUUCCGUGAUGUUGUCUCUCUCUCGGAAGGUCUGGAAACUACUCAAGAGCAACAGGCUUCCAGGUUUUGUUUCUUGUGUAAUGUACGAACAAUCCAAUGCCACACCAAGGUUAGGUAGUUGUAACUCUUGAAUAAGUGAUUACUAUUUAUGAAUUAGGUAUUCGAUAUAAGUUUUAGCUUUCAUAGAACGCUAGGCGUUUGAGAUGUUGAUGGACA